GGUUAUUAUUAUUUCUGCAUGGGCAAACACACCAGCUAUUUGAGCGAAACGUUCUUCUCUCAUUCACAUGAAAAUAACACGAACCACUAUUUCAUUCGCCUGUUCGGUGUUAUAGAGAUGCAGAAAGCUUACUACAGUGUUGAUGCAAUCGUAUUUUUCCUGCACUUUUGCUUACAUAUAUUCAUUGAGUUUGUGUUCGGUGUGCAAGUGAAAAAGAAAGAGGAUGAGAGAGGGAGACAGAAAUAGAGAGGUGUAAAAUAUGUGUAUGUUUACUUAUUUGCUUCUGCAUAUUUAUAUCCCAUUCACGUUGCUUUGAGAAAGUUCAAAUUGUCUUGGCUUAUUUCAAACAUGCCUCACAUAACAUACUAGUAUGUAAAAUAUAUUGUAUGUGUUGCACUCAGUGAAGCAGCCCGGUUUUCAUGAAGUCAUAUACUGUGAAUAUUAUCCAAUUCCACAGACAAUCACAAAUGCAUUAUUUUUAAAGCAUACACACCUAUACACUCAAAAGCAGCAGGAGAAGCAGUAACGCGAACCAAGAAUGAUUUUUAUUUACUCUUUCAUACUCACACGUAUAGUGUAUACUUCAAUCCAUUUGGUUUUAUCAGUUAGAAUUUAUUGCGUAGUGAGCACGAGUCUUUGGUUGAAUGUGUAGUAGAAAGAAAGAACAAACAAAAUAGCACCACAAAUAAUUCAUACUCAGUUUCAACGUAUUUUUUUGUGUGUGAAGACAAUGAAACACUAGCCAUGGCCAAAUGGAUGAUGCCAAACUAUCGUCAUGCCAAUGAAAUUAGUUUGUGUUUGAAUUUACAACGGUUCAACCAAAACUGAAUUUUUUGACUCAGGCAAUUUCCUAUUUACGUAUUUUUUUGUUGUUGCUUUGCGUGUGCACUCUGUACGCUUGACGCUUUAGAUACUCUAUUUUGUUAUUUCAGAUGAAAUAGCUCUCAGCGAAACACAACAGGAGAAUUUGGUUUGUUGUCACACUUAUGAUAGUAAUGUGCAUUGAAAUCAUUUUACGAAUUUGAAUAAAUUAAAUUGAACGUGUGUGAUAGUAUGCGAGUACAACGGAGUAAAAUGAUAAACUCCGUUACCAGGAAUAAAAUGCACCGCCGUAGAUUUGUUACUAUAUAGCUCAUCAAGACUGGAAAAUAAACAACUAAUAAAAAUAAAGCAUACAUCUAUACUUAAAUACAUAACGCAACAAUAUUUUAAACAUAUUCAAAAAUAAAAAAAAGCACAGAAUUAAAUGAAAAUGGAUCACGCUGAUUUGGUAUCUGAAAUGGUUCAAGUGGAGCAUUUGUCAACACAGGAUCGUCUACAUCUUGCACGAAUACGUCGUGCUCAUCAGUUAAAAGUGGCUAAACAACGCGAAAAAGAGUGGUUAAAACAGCAAGCUCGUCGUGAUCGUAGUACAAAUAAUGUAAAUAUAAGAAAACGUCGUCAUAUUUCAUUUGAAAAUAGUGUAGUUGUGCUAGAGGCAGCCGCUCGUAAUGACAUCGAAGAAGUGGGCCGAUUUCUUGAGCAAGGAGUUUCGGCUGACGUCACCAAUUGCGACGGUUUGACCCCACUCCACCAAUGUUGUAUUGAUAACAAUGCCGAUAUGCUAAGACUGUUAUUAGAUUAUGGAGCAAAUGUAAAUGCACAAGAUAGCGAAAAAUGGACCCCAUUGCAUGCAGCUGCAACGUGUGGACAUUUAUAUCUCGUUAAAUUACUGAUAAGUCGUGGUGCCAAUUUGCUUGCUGUGAAUGUUGAUGGAAACAUGCCGUACGAUUUAUGCGAUGACGAAGAGACGCUCGAUUGUAUUGAGGCUGAAAUGUCAAGGCGUGGCAUCACACAGGAACUUAUUGAUGAAACACGGGCAUCAACUGAAAAUCAAAUGCUCAAUGAUUUGCAAGUGAUUGUUGAUAAUGGCGGAGAUAUUGAUGUUCUUGACAAACAGGGUGCAACACCUUUACAUGUGGCAUCCGCAAACGGAUAUUCAAAAGUCGUUGAAUUUCUUUUAGAAAAUCAUGCUGCAGUGGAUGCUGUUGACAAAGAUCUAUGGACUCCAGCUCAUGCAGCCGCCUGUUGGGGACAUAUGGAAAUUCUUGAAAUGCUUGCAAUGAGUGGUGCCGAUCUAAAUGCCAAGAACAAAAACGAUGAAACACCUUCAGAUAUAUGCGAAGACAUGGAAAUUCGAGAACGAAUUGAACAACUUAAAUCAGAGCAAGAAAGUAAACGCUUGGCAGAGGCACAACGACGAAGAGUUCGUCGCUCACAAAGCAACAACACACGAGCACAAUCGGUGCGUCGGACAUCUCUGCGAGAUAAAACUUUAACUACUAAGAAGGAUGCACAAGAAGAGACUCGGCUUAGACUCAGAGCUCAAGAGGGUUACACUGCGCCAGCGGAUAAUAUAUCCAGUACUGAACCAAACUCAAUUUCAUCAGCAGUUGAUCAACCAGAUUCGGUCAACACCACCGGCAACCGAUUGUCAACAAACACCAAACAUCACAGUCAUAACAAUAAUAACAAUAACUCCAGUAGUAACAUAAAUAACAGUCAUAACAAUAAUAACAAUAAUUUAAGUCGAAAUAAUAAAACGGCGUUAAUCAGUAACACAUCUUACAAUGCAGUUCAUAAUUCAACGCAAAGGACCAUACCGAAAACGAAUAAUUCACACUAUGAAAGUACUAUUGGCAUAAAUUCAUCAUCAUAUGAGAAUGAAGGCAGUAGUGUGAUGCGAAAAUCACCAGAAGGAAAAGAUAACGAUUCGCUUCGCUUAGAAGAUAGUAAGCCAUCGAAGGAGUCGCAACCAAACUACCACGAUCCGAAUAACAAAUUGAUUGACCAACAACACCAAAGAAUUGGUAACGAUAUAUCUACCGAGAUUUUUUCUGCUUCUAAUGAUAAUGGCAAAAUUAAUGUUCAAGUCACCGUGCUUGUUGACACUCAUAAGAUGGAUCAAUCGCACGCAGGAACAACCUUGGCCAAUUUGAAAAAGCAACGAGCACAAUCACGUAAUAGCGCUGUAUCCGAGAAUGGCUCACUAAUAGCACCGAGUAUAACAACGGCAGCCAAUAGCAUUGGUCCAUCGAUGGAAAUGUCAUUUUUGUCAUCAUCGACAAAUGAACUGAUGCACGAUGAAUCAGCGGCAACCAUAACUAAGUUCAGUGGUGUGACAAGUGAUGUGGUCAGUGACAGCACCCGAUCAAGACGAUGCUGUAUUGUCAUGUAAAAUGAAGAGAUUAUAUCAAAACAAAACUAAAGCAUACACAAAACUCUAUAACGUUCCCCUAAUUUCGACACUGAUCAAUUAUGAUAAUAAGUAGAUUUAGUGCCCAAGUGUUCACUUAUAAAAAAAAUCACCUAUUUUGCUGCAUUCCAACAAAAUACUAAUCAAAAACAAAUUAUUAAUCAAACAAAUCGAUAAAUUAACAUUUCGAAAGCAAAUCAACUGUGAUCAAAACCGGCGGCAAAUGAUAUUUUUGUUCUUCUAAACCCAAAUAAAUUCAUUCAAUUUUAAGAUAUUACACACGGUAGCUUAUUAUAUUUUACACUUUCUAUCUCCGUUUCAAUAAAAAAAAAUCUUGCAUAUGUUAUAUUAUCUAUCGUCUCGUGAUUCAGUCCAGAUGAUGCGAAAUAGUCAGUUAUUUGGUACACAUGUUAAACCGGAGGAAAUGUUAAAAAGAUGAAUUCAAACAUAUGUCAUAUUCUACUCUUUCUUCCUUUACAUUCAAUAAGUAUCAUAAAAAAUUGAAAUGUGAUGAAAAACUGACUAUUUGGUUCGUUAAAAUGUCUGUUAUUAUCGUUGAGGAAGCGCCGUCAAUCUAUUUAUUUUUCUAUUUUGAUUGUUAUAAGCAAAUGAGUUGACAAAAUUUUUAUAUGUAUUAAUAUUCGUCAUAAGGCUUUUUUGAUGUGUCAAUUUGACAUUUCGAUAAAAUAGAUGAAUUCCUAAUAUCCUAGAUUAUCUUUGAAAAAACUAAAUUAUUAAUAGAAAAAGAUAAAAAAAGUUCAUAACACUUUUGAUCACAAACAAUUACUAAAAAAUAAGCAAUAAAUUGUGAUUGUGUAGAGCAUUCUAGUUGAUAAUAGCUCCGUCCCUCUCAUACAUUUUAUGUUCGUUCGUGCAUUGUUAUGUUUAUAAAAAUAAUAAGAUAACUAUGACAGCGUUUGCUAUAAAAAUGUUUGUGUUGAAAGAAAAUAACCAACUAAAGUUCAUUUAUAUAUUAAGCAUUAACAUUAAACAUAUUUAUUAAAUCAUUGUUCCAAAUGUAUAAACAUAUCAAUUUCACAACAAAAACCGAAAUUCUACUUAUUAGAGAAAAUUGUCGAAAAACAUACUUCAAUACGAAACACUGUUUAUAAUGUA